AACUCUAUUAGGAAAAAGUACAGUGGUUAAAUCUUCGGCUUUACCCAACUCAAUCAAAGUCCAUGCUAAAGACAAAUUCUCCAUCUUUCUUCACGUGAAAAAUUUUCUGGGAAAAUACAGAGAGCAUUAAAUAAAAUUAGACGAUCCCAACAAAAUCCCUACUAAAUCAAGUAACCCCCUUCUUCUUAUCGUCAAUUUUCUAUUUCCGGGACUUUAUUUUUCUUGCUUGUUACUCUUUUGUAUUGUUUUUGUUAAAAGCUUGGUCACUGAAAGCGAUCAAAGGUUUCGGAUUCACCGUCUCAUCUCACAUCUCAUAAAACAAGAAGAAUCAGAUAUCUAAUAUCCGGUGUAACUGAAAUUGUUAAGGGUAUAUCUCUUAUACUUAGGUUAUAGUUUUUAAUUUGUCUUUGUUGAAUGGACAAAAUGAACUCCAAUGAUGGCGAUGUUGAUUCUGAUAAUGGUCAGUUGUUGCGUGACAUUGAGGAAAUAAGCAAUGCCCUUUACUUGCAUAAACCCUCAUCACAAGCUUUGAUUCCUCUAUCCAAUUUUAGAUCUAAAUCUGUUGGAAGAACCCGAGUUUCAGAAUCUGAAAAGGAUAAGAAAUCAUCAUCAUUUUGGGAUUGGAAGAAGCCUUUGAGGGCAUUAACUCAUAUUAGGCAUCAUCAGUUUCAUAUUUGUUUCUUUCUCCAUGUGCUUUCUAUUGAAGGCUUGCCUGCUUAUUUAAAUGGCUUUAGCUUGUGUGUGCAUUGGAAGAGGAAGGAUGAGUUAUUGUCAACUCGUGCGGUGAGGGUUGUUGAUGGAAUUGCUGAAUUUGAAGAAACUUUGAUGCAUAAAUGUUGUGUGUAUGGUAGUAAAAGUGGGUCUCAUAAUUCUGCAAAGUAUGAGGUCAAGCUUUCCUUAAUCUAUGCUUCUGUUGUUGAGACUCCGGGGCAUGAUAUAGGCGAGCAUUGGAUUGAUCUCACAAGAUUAUUGCCGCUUUCGUUGGAGGAUUUAGAAGGGGAGAAAGGAUCGAGUAGGUGGACAACAAGCUUUAAACUUUCUGGCAAGGCUAAGGGUGCUACACUAAAUGUCAGUUUUAGUUUUUUAAAUCUUACAGAGAACGGUUCUAGUGCAAUGGGAGAUAGCGGAGUUCAUAGGAUACUUCAGCAUGGUGGUACUGUUCUAAGUAAUGUAAACCAAAGGUCUCUAUCACCUCUGUCUCUUGAUGUGAAGUUUGGUACUGAAAUGUUGCCAAAUUUAGGGCUGGAAUUUUCUAGAUCGAUAAGUAUUUUAUAUCAGAAACUUAAUGAAGAGAGCUUACAUGGUUCUUCAGGCUUAGAUAAAUUGUCUGAACAAGUGGAGCCACUCAAACCCGAUUCUGAGUCUGCUAAAUAUAUAGAUGAGUAUAAAAAUGAGUUUUUUGCUAUUGAGCAGGGUGAAAAAUGGUGUCUGAAAGAUCCAACUUCAAUUGAACAAAGUGCUAUUCAGACUAUUGAUGGCUCUUUCAUUGAAACUAUCGAUGUGGAUGAGAUCCUUAAAGAUUGUGACACAGACAUUGAUGAGGUGGUGGAUCCUGUUUUAAAUACAUCCUGCUCCAGUUGUAUGCUGGAGGUUGUGGUAGACGAUUGUGUACGAGAAAAGAGUAAUAUAUGUUCCAACCCAAUGACUGUGCGAGAGCUGGAGUCGGUUUUUCAUGACAAAUUGGUUACAGAAUCAUCAGUAUCGGAACCUCCAUCUGCUUUGAAUGAGUUUAUUGAGAAUGAAAAGUUUAUGGAACGUAAAUCACAUUAUGAGGCUAGUGAACUGACAAAUAAAUCGCCAAGCUUGGACGACAUUGCUGACACUGUGGCUAAUGAUUUCUUAAAGAUGCUGGAAAUUGAACAUGAUCCAUUUAGCUUCAAUUCUGACAGUGCUCUUGAAUCUCCUAGAGAGCGUCUGUUGAGAGAGUUUGAAAAUGAAGCCCUAGCUUCCGGUGAUUUCAUCCUAGAUAUUGGCGCAGCAGGGGAAGAGGAGGAAUUUGAUUCCACCAUUCCUGGUCUUUGCUGUGGAGAUAGUUCUGAAGAUUUUACUUUCUUGUCUGUUGUUCUGCCCAGCAAGGAGCAGAAGAUGGAAAGUUUGUCACUGAAAGACAGAAGGACGGUUGAAAUGGUUGAAGACUUGGAGACUGAAGCUUUAAUGCAUGAGUGGAGCUUAGAUGAGACACUGUUUCAAAGUUCUCCUCAUGUUCGAAGUGAUGGUUUUGGAAGUCCAAUUGUGCUUUCACCUGAAUGAGAUCAAUUUCCUCCACUGGGAGGUGGAUUUUGGCAUUUCAUCCCGGGACGGGAUGGAUUUGUUUUGCAAGCUACGAAUUCCAGGCUUUCAGAAAUUUUAAAAAUGUUGGCCACAUGGUCUCAUGCAAGUAUAGUUCCUGCAAGAUUGGGUUACUGAUAUCAACUUUGCUUCACUUGGAAUUGAGAGCCUGUCGUUGUAGGUCUAUGAGUAACUUAUGCCUUUCAAGGAUGAUAAUGGAAGCCGCUUCUAGAGCUGUUGUGCUAGAAAGGCAGUAUGAGUUGCAGCAAGAAUCACUGUGCCAUACCGGAUUCCUUUCAUCAGAGAAAGGAAGUUUUAGGACUUCAUUUUGUUACUAUGAACCAGUUGGCACUUCAAUGAUUGCUUUAAUUCAAGUGGUGACGGCACCUCUCCCUCUAUUGAGACAUAGGAUCAAUGGGAAGGGAUUCCAGUUUUCAAAAUCCCUGAGUUCCACAUUGCAGGUUAAACACUGCAACCCUUUAAGCAGUGCAUAUAUGGGGUAGAAAAGCACAGCAGCGUUCUGGGACCCACUGGUUGCUUGCCACUGGCACUUCUAACUCCAAUGAGAAUACAUUUUCCAAGUCAAAGCUGAUGUAAGAGUCUACCAACCGGCGAUGAGAAGGUGCAGGCUGAGAAUGUGCUAUGGAGUCUAGCCUCUAAUGGCAGAUUUAGGUCCAGAUUCUUGAAGCCCUGAUGCCAUCAUCCAAAUGAAGGUGUCAAAGCUUGUUUGAGAUUGCAGCAUUUGCCAACUUAUUGAGAAUAUGUCUUGAUUUGUAGAUUGAACAUGUAGCCAUUUUUAUCAUCACUGUAUGUAUUAUCCAACUUUUCUGGAACUUUAAGUUGGAAAGGACUGUGCAGUCCUAUAGGAACUGUAAUCAAUUCAUGUUCAUUUGACAAAAGGAAGCAUAUAUGUUUAAAGUUU